AUGUUGCCCUUCAACACAAUGUCAUUGCCUAACAGUAUAUAUGACUAUGAAAAAUUGGAACUUUUGGGAAAAGGUGGUUUUGCAAGUGUUUAUCGUGCUCAAUGUCUCCGUACUGGUCAUCAAGUGGCUAUCAAGGAAAUUGAUGUUCGGAUGAUGAAAAAACAGAAUAUGAUUGAUCGUGUUCGACAAGAAGUAGAAAUACAUAAUCAACUUAAACAUCCAUCUAUAUUAGAAUUAUAUAAAGUUUUUCAAGAUGACCAUUAUGUUUAUUUAAUUUUAGAACUUUGUCACAAUGGUGAAUUACUCCAGUAUUUAAAACGCAAUGGAAACAAAUUAUCAGAAAUUGAUGCUCGGCAUAUUUUAAAACAGGUGGUUGAAGGUCUUUUAUAUUUGCAUAAACAUAAUAUUGUUCAUAGAGAUCUGACUUUAACAAACUUAUUGUUAACAAAGGACAUGCGUGUAAAAAUUGCUGAUUUUGGUCUUGCUACUCAAUUAAAUUCUAGGGAUGAAAAACAUAUGACAAUGUGUGGAACCCCAAAUUAUAUAUCACCAGAAGUUGCUACUCGAAGUUCGCAUGGUUUGGAAACUGAUUUAUGGGCAUUGGGAUGUUUAUUGUAUACUCUGUUAGUAGGACAUCCUCCUUUUGAUACUGAUGCAAUUAAAAAUACGCUAACAAAAGUAGUCAUGAGUGAUUUUGCUUUGCCAAACUAUUUAUCAAAUAAAGCUAAAGACUUAAUAAGUUGUUUACUGAUAAAAAAUCCAAGAGACCGUAUUGAUUUACAAGGUGUGUUAAAACACGAUUUUAUGCAAGAAAAUGGGCCUUCUAUAUGGUUUCACAAAUCACACUUUACAGAAGAUAGUGGUUUUAACACUAUUUCAUUUAAUAAAGAAAAAUGCAGUUCAUCAACUGGAUUACAUUAUAUGCAUUCUACUCAUAAUCCUUGUAUUGCAGUAAAUCAGCAAACAGAGAAUUCUAAUUUGAAUUCAUUAUUAACUAGCCGAGGCUUUUUAGAUAUUAAUAAACAAGAAUAUUGUACAUCUGGUUUAAGUUUUUACAAACACUGUAAUAAUUCGAAAAAUAUUUAUCGUAGAGCUCCAUCACAACAUUCUGAAAAUAGGCAAUUUAUUAUGUUUGAUGAUCAAUUUGUACAGUCAUUUAAAACUUUUCCUGAAACAAGUUCAGUAAAUAAAAUGGCUGAUCGCUUAACCACGGCACGUUUACAAAAACAUAGACAUAAAACAAAAAAUAAAGUAUUAAGUAUUUUAAAUAAUGGAGAAGUUUGUGUAGAGUUUAUUAAAAUGAAAUUAAAAUCUAAUGAAGAACGUGUAGUAGAAGUAUUUCGAAUUUCACCUGAUGGUCAGCAAAUGGCUAUAUAUAAACCAAACAAAGAUAGAGGUGUACCAUUACAAGAAGAACCUCCACCUACACCAAAUAAAGGCGCUGAUGAUGUAUUUAGUUACGAAUCACUGCCUCGACAUCAUUGGAAAAAAUAUGCAUAUGCAGCUCAAUUUGUUAAACUAAUUGCUUCUAAGACAGCCAAAGUAGUUUUUUAUAGUGAUAAAGCUAAAUGUCUUCUUAUGGAAGACGGAAAAACAUUUGAAGCACAUUUUUAUAAUGGAUCUAUGGUAUCUAGUAUUGGAAAUGGAGAUAUAAAAAUAGUAGUUAAUGGAAAAUCAAAAUCUUUCAACAGACCAGAAUGUUUAGAUGAAAUCGAAAAAAAUAUUUAUAUUAAUUUCAAAAAAUACUAUGAACACUGUUGUUUAGUUGAACAAACUUUAUCGACUCUUGAUACAAAUACUAACAGCAGUGUUACAGUAUUCCCAGUGACAUUGGGAAGAAGACCUAUAGCGAUAGAUGAAUUUGACAUACCAAUUAAUCGUAAGGUGAUGAGUUCAUCAAUCAAAUCUAACAAAAUUUGUACAACUAAUGGAGAUGGCUCACAAGUACAUCUUGAUAUAAUUACUGGUAAAAUAAAAUGUGUAACCAAUCAGGGAGUAGAAAUGAACUUUGAUCAAAAAAAUAAACAUCUCCUGCCUGAGUGGGCUAAAAGUUGUUUGAAAGAAAUUCCACAAUUAAUUAAACCAAAUGAACGAACAGCAGAAAACUGGAAAUUACCUAAUAGAUGA